AUGCCUCCCCGUAGAGCUAACACUAGGAAUGCGAAUGCCAGGAAUGCUAACACAGUUCCUCUAGUCCCAGAUCAGGGAGUUUCGAAUGCAGAGUUUCAGAACGCUAUUCAACCUUUGGCUCAAAGUAAGAAUAAUCAGAACAAUCAGCAGGUUGAGAGAGAUAAGCUUAGGAAAAUCACUAAGGUAAACAAGAAAGCUAGAACAGGGAACUAUGAGUACUCUCAACAGAAAUCGGGUGGUGGAAAUCACUCACAGUUUCGACAAGAUCAGAAUUGUAGGGCACCAGGCUCUAAGUCUCAGGGAACUGUUUCAGGAAAUAGGACCUACCCAACUUGUCCAAAGGUGAAGAAUUGCCCUUUUGCCAAGAAGAGGAAAAAAGGUAACAAUAUUAGGGCUCAGUCUACCGCUCCAACAGUACCGAUAGGUCGCCCAACUCAGCUGGGUGUGUCAUCUUGUACAGGUGGCAGUCAAUGCCAAGGCAGGUUUUAUGCUAUCCAGGCUCCCCAGGACCAGGAAGAUUCUCCUGAUGUUAUCACUGUAAACAAGAAGGAUAUCCAAGGAAACACUGUUUUGCAUCUUGCUGUCUCAACUAAGCAAUACGAGGUUGUUGAUAUGUUGCUGGAUGAGAAUGUUGUUUCUAAGGGCACAAUUGAGGUGAAUUCUUUGAACAAGAAAGGUCUUACACCUUUGGAGGUACUAUUAGAGGAAUCUGGAGAUAGAGAUAUUGAGGAAAUUCUUAGAGCAUCUGGUGCUGUAUCUGCUGAAAACUUGCAAGUUUUGGUAGUUCCAGUUCAAGAUCCAUCAAAUGAACAAUCCAGUAGAGAGCAAAGAAGGGACCAGCCUCGAUCUAAUUCUAAGAAGCUUCAGGAUUUCUUCAAGUACAAUAAAACCAAAGAUUAUCCAGGAAAAGUAAGAGACACCCUUCUUGUGAUAGUCAUUCUAAUUGCAACAGCAACUUAUCAAGCAAUUCUCAGUUCACCAGGAGGCGUAUGGCAGGACACUUACUGGCCUGACCACAAUAACAACAGCACUAGGCAUAUUGCAGGACAGUCAGUGAUGGGUGAUAACGAUCCAAUUUGCUAUAUCUUGUUCAUGAUUUUCAACUCCCUCGGAUUUUUCAUAUCCCUCUACACGAUAAAUUUCCUUACAAUAGGAUUUCCUUUGCAAUCAGAACUGCAAGUCUCACUUCUUGCCUUGGCGAUAACCUAUUGUACUGUGAUGUUUUCCUUAAUGCCUAACUGGGAAUUUUUUUUCUUGUUUCUUAUCCUUAUCGUAGUCAUAUCAGCAUUGUUUCCCGUCAUUUCAGUGAUGUUGAGAAACUAUUGCAAGAAACCUAGAUUCUUGUCAUGUUUAUAA